GGCGUGGGGCUCAAAGGGCCGCCGCUACAGCGUAGCGCACUGACGAGAGCGCCACUCCCCUGUGACCCUCUCGCACUGCCAUUGGCUCCCCGUCAACUCAGUGCCACGAUCGUAAGCGCCCGGUGUGCUCAUUCUAACAUCCCGACUCGGCCGCUGCGAUACGAAUGAAAAUAGCGUAUUCACGUCCGCGUUUGACGUUUCUCGCCGCCCGCCCAUUGGCUCGAAUCCUGUGUACGGAGCAGUAUAAUGGUAAUAUAAAUUGACCAACCGUAGAGCAAAUUUGGUUAGUUCGUUAAAGUUGAUUAAAGCCAUUUAACCGGGACGGACACGACGAUACGAACGGCGCGAGCGUUCGUCGAUCCCGAGGGCUCGACUAAAUGAAGUCAAAUAGUUUAAUAUAGCAGAUAAAUUGUGAGCUGGGCCGAGCGGCCCGAGGUGUGCGGCCAGCCAGCGGCAGCGACGGAGCCGAGCGAGGUGCGCGCGGAGGUAGCGGGCCCGCACGCGCCCGCCGCCGACCACUACAUGUACGUGUGCGGCGAGGCCGGCGGCGCGGGGCCGCGCUACGAGUGCGCCUUCGACGGUGGGCCCAUGGAGCAGCCGCCUUUCGAGGAGCACAUGUUCGGCGAAUUCGGCAAGGAGCGGCACGUACAGGUGGUGGUAGGCGCUGGCGGUGAGUUGCAGUACCGGGACGAUCUGCCGGUAUUUGCGACCACGGCAGCAAAUGCACCAUCUGCUGAUGUCAAGCGAAAGGACGAGCCGCUUUUACUACCGCCUGAUGGUGCGCCGCCACCGCCACCUGCGCACUCCUCCACGCCUGUCACAUCCAGCAAGAAGAGUGACAAGAAGAAAAACGACAACAACGGUAUCAAGAAAAAGAAAACCAGGACCACAUUCACAGCUUAUCAGUUGGAGGAAUUGGAGAGAGCGUUCGAGAGGGCACCGUACCCUGACGUUUUCGCCCGAGAAGAGCUGGCUCUCAAACUCAACUUGUCCGAAUCACGAGUACAGGUAUGGUUCCAAAAUAGAAGAGCAAAAUGGCGCAAACGUGAACCUCCACGGAAAACAGGAUAUAUUGGUUCCAGCUCGCCCAGUUCAACGACUCUUGGAGGUGGAUUCACCGGAAUAGGAGGUAACUUGCCAGGUUUCCCACAGAACGGCGGUAUACCGGCACCUGCAGAUUCGUGGUCCUACCAACAUUCCUAUGAACUUUCCUCACAUCACUUACUGUCUUCCAGUAGCAGUAGUUAUCCUGCUUUUAACGCUCAACCAGCAUAUUCUUACACAACCGUAUUAAAUGGCCAUGAUGGGCAAAUGUUUGCGCCAAGACAUUCGUACGAAUAUGGAGAAGGAAGCCCGCCACCCUUGGGGGUGAGAGAUUAUCCCAUGAUGGCUGCGCAUUCGCCGCAAAUGGAUGGCCACGGACAUGAUGAUAAGUUGGAAUAUAGGGCACAUGAGCAUGAAGAUAAAUAUCCUCCGUGCGCGCUGCAAGAAGAACCCCCUCGGUACACAGGGCCUACAGAAGAGUACGACAAACAUUACGAAAUGGAGCGUCACGGGGAUCUCGCCCAGCCAGUUGCCGUCAAAAUGGAACCAAGUCCAGGUCAACCAUAUACCACGCUGCCCCCUUUUUUGAACUGAAAUACUCCUUUUCAAAACUAUCCUAACUAUGAAUAAUUUCGAAAAGGAGUAUUAUUCUGUGUUUCCUCCUUAAACAUUUAAUUUUUCUAUAAAUACUUUUGGAUUAUGAAGGCGAUGAAGACGUGGUCAUGUUUAGUGAACAUUGCAAUAAAAUGUAAAUAAUAAGAUGAUAGAACGAACUUAUUAGCUACGUAUUUAUAUAAAAUUUGAUCUGUAAUGCAUUUUAUUAACAUUACGAAGUACGUAUACUUACAUUAUGUAAUUAAUUUGGAUAAGAUCUUCACUUCCAGUGCAUUCCUUGUGCCUUAUUACGGAGCCUAUUGUAGGUGGACCUAUUUUAUAAAUAAUAUAGCAUAUUUAAAGUAUGAUUAGUAAAUAAUAUAGCAAUUACGGUUUACAGUAAAUAUUUUUUCAUCAACACAUAAACGACGGAGAAGAAGAUCACAGUGCGACCAAAAUUUUAAAGGAAAAUAUAAACAUAUAAUUUAUUAUUACAAGAAAAAUGACUUCGAUCCGGCGGGAGUCGAACCAAAAAAAAACGGCAAAGUCAAUUAAAACAAAAAACAAAGAUGCAGAAAGACAGAAACAAGCGUAUAGAGAAAUACGUAACGUCUGCUAGUUCGUACCGUAGCCGUAGAUAGCUCUGUUGGGAGAGCGGUAGCCUUGGUUUGUUGGUUCGAGUCCAGUUAUUUGUAUCAAUAAUAACUCCAAACAUAAUUGGUAAUUCUUUCAUAUUUUCAGAUGAAAUAAAGACGUAUAAAGAAAUGAAAUAUUUUGAAUACACACUUAAUGAGGUAUAAAUUUUGUUUAAAUCCUUCACACAAUUUUAACUCAAAUAUUGGAAACAUGUUACGAUUAU